UGACAUCACAGAGCGCAACAUGGCGGCGGUUCUGUUGUGGGCACGUCGAUAGCGAGUGUGAGGCCAACCCCUUAAAAAUCGUGGAAUUUGUCGAGUCGCAGGACUCGGACAGCGUCCGAUUUUCAGCAUGGGGAACAAGGACAGCAGGCCCUCGAUAAUCCCCUACGAAGAUGCCAUCAGAAGAGUUACUGAGGAAGAAUUCAAGCGGAUUAGGGAGGCUUUUAAACGAUACUCCACCCCUGCUGGGUACAUGAGCCGGCCCGUCUUUGUGAAGGAUGUACUUGGAGAUGGGAUGCCACCAAAACUUGGAGAGCACCUGUACUGUGCAUUCGGGGGUACCAACAAGGGUCUGGUCUUCAAGGAUUUGUUCACGGGCUUGGUGCUACUGGCCAGGGGAUCACAGACCGAGAAACUCAAAUUCAUUUUUGCCCUGUGUGCCAGCCACGAUGGCGGUAUGUACAUUAGUCAGGAGGACCUGGAACAGUUCAUCUCCACGUGUGACGGCAGCCCGCCUCCCCAGGAGGUUGCCCAGCUGUUCAGAGAGGAUGACCGGGCGUCGUAUGAGCAGUUCUGCUCCUGGCUCCUGAAGCACAGUCAUGUGAUGAAGCUGUCGGCAUGGUUACUGCAGGACUCCAACAAGCCAGGGCUACGGCUGUCGGACGAGAGCGACACGCCCACAUUCUACCAGACCCUUGCUGGAGUGACACACUUGGAAGAGGCAGAGAUCAUUGAACUGGAGAAGAAAUACUGGGCAUUGCAAGCGCAGUCCAAGACGGGCCGCUUUGAUCUAGACACGUUCAUUCCGCUCAUUUCACCGCCCAUGCCUAGGGAACUAUGCGAAGGCAUUUUCAAUGCAUUUGAUGUGAACAGCGACAAUCACAUUGAUCUCAAGGAGAUGGCGUGUGGCUUAUCAGCAUGCUGCCGAGGACCCAGGGUGGAGAGACAAAAAUUUUUCUUCAAGAUAUUUGACACAGACCAGGACAACUUGUUGAACAAGGAUGAGCUGGAGAAGAUGGUUAAAAGUCUGAUCAAUGUGCGACGGGAAAGCAGAAUAGGCCAAGAAGUGGAUUAUCGGUCGGUGGAGAACUUGAACCCAGCAAACAUCGCAGCAGACAUUCUGGCCAACCACGAUGGGGAUAAUGAUGGCUGUAUAACCCAAGAGGAGUUCCUGAUGUGGGCCCUGAAGAACAGCCUCCCUGAUGACUUCUGCAAGCAGCUCUUUCAGGUCUGCCACAUCAUUCUUGGCCUGAAACCCCAGUCAACAGAAGAGGAGAAAGAAGUCAUCCUCGGGUGGGUGGAGCGAGAGAAGAGGCGGGGGCUGAGACUGGCACAGACCUGGUACCUCAUCUCCAUGAACUGGUGGAGGAUGUGGAACCACUAUGUCGCCCAUAAGCCGCCCAUAUCCAACCAUUCCAACACCAGUUCUAGCUCUUCCCAGAAUUCGGUCAGCUCCCUGAGCCGGCCAGCCAAUCAGGCUUGGAGCGAGUCUCGGUCUAGGAGUCCCCUCCUGUCAAGGCGGGGCAACCACCACCACAGCAACGGGACCGGCUUGACACCACACAGUCCUACCCGGUCCCCCAAACGAUCAAAUUCUGGCAACCAGGGGAGCCUGGGGCCCCCUAAGCCCGGGCUGAUUGAUAACACCUGCCUCAUCAUGCCUGACAACAGGAAGGUUGGAACGUUGACUAACGAGGGAGGGCGGUUGAAGCGGACUCCACCCCUCGUCCAGGGCAAAGAUUAUGAGGUCAUCCCGGAGCCUGUGUGGAAAGCUCUCUCUCAGUGGUAUGCUGGCGGGCCAGCACUGCCCAGGAAUGUGAUAGUGCCUUUGGAAGGGGAGCCCAGUGCAACGCUAGAGCUGUACCCAAUCAGCGUGCGUCUGCUCAGACACCAGACGGUACAGCAGAGACAGAACGCCUGGAAUGGAGUCAAUAUCGGCAAUGUGUCCAUCGGGGCCGGGGGCAUCAGCUUCGGCCAGAACAACAGCUCGUCCACCCCGCCAGCCCCGAAACGCUACCUGGCCUACACCUCCUGCUUCAGCAAGAUGCACACCAUGCAGCAGAUCUACGAGUUCCUCUCGGUCCGGCUGAGAAUCCGCAGUGAGGAGAUGAGGCUUUGGAACCUCAAAGAUGAGAACAACCCCAUCCUCCUCGAAGAUGACUCCAGCACCAUGGAGCAGCAAGGCAUCUCAGAGGACCAGCCCAUGCUUAUUGAGGUCAGGAACAAGGACCUGAGUUGGCCGGAGGAGAUGUCCCUGCUGGCCAAGAGCAAGCAGGACAAGCAGAAACAGGUUGUUCGGACCGAGUGUGGCUUGACGGGCAUGAGUAACCUUGGCAACACCUGCUUCAUGAACGCCGCCAUCCAGUGCAUCAGCAAUACUCAGCCGCUGACGCUUUACUUCAAGUCAGACUCGUUCCUCUAUGAACUGAACUCAACCAACCCCCUGGGCAUGAAGGGUCAUGUUGCUAAGCGGUACGGUGACCUCAUCCGGGAGCUGUGGGCUGGCAAUGCCAAGAGUGUUGCACCCCUGAAACUCAGAUGGACAAUAGCCAAGUACGCGCCACGCUUCAAUGGUUUCCAGCAGCAGGACUCACAGGAGCUGUUAGCCUUCCUGCUGGAUGGCCUCCACGAGGACCUGAACCGGGUCCAGGAAAAGCCCUACGUGGAGCUGAAGGACAGCGACGGCCGACCGGACGAGGAAGUCUCGCAAGAGGCAUGGGAAAACCACCUGCGGCGGAACCAGUCUGUCAUCGUGGACUUGUUCCAGGGUCAGCUCAAGUCACAGGUCCGUUGCAAGACCUGUGGUCACACCAGCGUCCGCUUUGAUCCCUUCAUCUUCCUUUCCCUCCCCUUGCCCAUGGAGAGCUCCAUGCAUGUGGAGAUUGUAGUUGUUCGGCUGGACGGCUCAGUUCCCAUCAAGUACGGCUUGAGGCUGAACAUGGAGGCCAAGUACAAAGCCUUCAAGAAGCAGCUAGGAGAGCUGUGCGACCUGCAGCCGGACCAGCUACUGCUGGUGGAGAUUGGAGGGGCUAUGGUCAGGAGUUUUCCAUCGGACGCACAGAAAAUUCGGACAUUACUAGGGGGCCUUUUGUACUGCUACGAAAUUCCAUUAGUUACAGCGACGGUGGCAAAUAAACAAUACAUGAGUACACAGGCCACCAUCCAAUCCGAAAGCCUCAUCAAUCUCCAGCCGUUGCCUCCUAUCAACUCGCCAGCCCCCUGUGGCAUUGGCACCACCCAGCCGGCCCCACCCAAUGGGGUGGUCCGCUGCAAUCACCAAGCCACCAGCAUCAGCAUGACCCGCGUGGGAGGGGCGGAGACUGGGGCAGCGGCUCGUCUGAACGGAGAGGCGGAACAGAGCGAGCCCAGCCGACCAAACGGUGACGUGGUUUUGGAGCGGCUUGGAGAUUCCAGCACCCCUGUCAAGCAGCACAGCCGCACUCCCAGCACGGCUAGUGCCGCCAGCAGCGUAGGAGCCCCUCAGCCCGUGGUGUACAGCUUUGAAGGUUUCGUCAUCGCCAUGCAUCGCAAGAUGAUCCGCAUGGACAUGUACUUCCUGUCGUGGCAGAAAUCGAGGCCGUGCCUGUUUGGCAUCCCGCUCAUCCUGCCCUGCGUGGCCUCCUCCACCACGCACGAGGAGCUGUACGCAUCGGUGUGGAAACAGGUCAACCGGCUGGUCAGUUCCACGGCACCCAUGGAGAACGGCCACAAGAACCACGCAGAGGACGGUGACAGUCCACGCCACAGUUACCCUUUCACCUUGAAGGCUGUACAGAAGGAUGGAAUCACAUGCGCAUGGUGCCCUUGGUACAGAUUUUGUCGUGGCUGUGAGAUUUCUUGUACGUCAGACCCCUUCACCUCCGGAACAACUUUCUUGGCCAUUGACUGGGACCCAACCGCUUUGCACCUGAGGUAUCAGUCCUCACAAGAGAGGGUGGUGACGGAACACGAGAGCGUGGAGAAGAGCCGCCGACUCCAGACAGAACCCAUCAGCCUCGACGACUGCCUGCGAGCCUUCACCAAGGAAGAGGAAUUAGGAGAAGACGAGCUGUACUAUUGCUCCAAAUGCAAGCACCACAGGCUGGCAGUCAAGAAGCUAGACAUCUGGAGGCUACCCCCAAUACUAGUUAUUCAUCUCAAGAGGUUCCAGUUUGUCAAUGGUCGCUGGGUCAAAUCGCAGAAGAUUGUCAAGUUCCCCAAGGAAAACUUUGACCCCUCCAAUUUCCUGGCUCCCCGCAAUCCGUUGGACUUCCGGAACUUGAUCAUCGGCCGGCAGCGACCCCGCAGCGAGAUGAUGGAGCUGAUCCAGGGGAAGGAGGAGGGAGGAAAGUUGGAGGAGGAGACUACGGGGAAAGGGGAGGGGGACAGCCUUGGUCCCCAGGGAGGGGUGAGCGUCAACGCCAUCAAAGUUAACGACAGGUGCGCGGGAAAGGACAGAACGGACAGCAACUUAGAGUGCACCUGUGGCGGUCACACCCAACCAGUGCAGCCAGCGCCCCCCGACAACAAGGACUGCGACUCGGGCACAGCAAACCACAGCGAGAACUCGUCUGACGGCAAUAGCGGCGGUGGGAGCGCGCCGAGCUCCGGGGAUGAGGAGAUGGGCGGGCGGGGCAAGCUGGCACGGCAGCGGUCAGUCUUGACCCAGCCCACCGACGCGACCGAUGCCCACCCACUGCUCAAAGAAGAAAUAGAAGACGACAAGGAUGAGCAUGGACUGAGCCCCAGUCUCUACAACCUCUACAGCAUGGCCUGUCACAGCGGAAUUCUGGGUGGUGGUCACUACGUUGCCUAUGCGGUCAACCCCAAUAAGAAGUGGUACUGUUACAACGAUAGCAGCGUUAAGGAAGUUAAGGACGAGAUCGACAAGGACAAUGCCUACAUGCUCUUCUACGAGCGGCACGGGCUGAGCUACGCUGACUUCAUCCCCGACGUACGGGGGAAGGAGCCGGACACCACGCCCAUCGACGAUGACAUCGAGGCGGACUACCGGCGCUUCUGCGUCAUCCAAUGACUAGCGGAGCGGGGCAAGUUGGGGGCAGUGGUAGGGUCGUGGCUACUCUGGCUCUGGAUGGCGGCGCGCUACGGCUUGCACGCCUGCAACGCCAUGAUCAAGCGCUGAAGACAUAGUUUCUCAUCUCUUAUACACCCUCUCUCUCUUGUUUUCUCCCCAGUGUCACUUCUCUCUUUCAGAUCUGUGUGACAUUCCUGGUCAUUUUCUCUGAUCCCCAAACAUUCUUUGUUUUAAAGCCAAUAGUUCAGAGUUCUAAGCUUGAAACCCAAGUCAAAUUUUCCUUUUUUUUCUGAGGUCUAAUAUAACCUAGUUCCUUUCUGCAUUGUAACAGGGCUCCAUUUGGUAAAUGUAAAAUGACCAAGGUUUUAGUCACACACUUUCUUCCACUCAGACACGUUUUUAUGCAUUGCUGACUAAAUUUGAAAACAUGGGGUUUGAUUGGAAAUAGGAUACAUUUUUGCGCAAGUAGUAAAAAUCCUCAGUUUCGGUACUUUUCAUUUUUGUACUGUCUGAAGAGAAAGUGAGGUUUUUAUGCUUUUGGAAUAAGUACUUAACUUUAUUGUUUAGCAGUCAACAGUCCUCAUCGAGUUCCGCCAAGCCAGAUGUGUUAUAAAAGGCUUGCAUCUCAAAAUACCUCUGACCAAUCCUGACUUGUUUUUGUCAGGUUGUGGCAACAAUUCAAUCAGUUCAUUUCCACCUCAGGAAUCAGUCAAUCACAUGGGUCAUUUGGCGUGGGAGUGCCAAUUCAACGGAGUUGAUUGGCCACGUUACUCAUUCAGUGUACCCUGUGAGCUCAAUUGGUGAGUUAGUUUUGUUACUUCAGGAAACAAUGCUUGUGCAAGUAACAAAUUUAAGCAAAUCAAAAAGUUCCACCUACCCCCAACCCUUGCCCCUAUAAACAGAACAUGUAAUUUGAGUGGGAAAUGAUCUGUUUGUUCGUUGACUAUGAUUUUUGUUCUUUUGAAGUCUUUCAGUACCAUUAAGCUGGUAUCUUUCUCCACCCCAAAAAAUACAAUCUUGGAAAUCUUUCUCUGGAAAAAAAUCUCGCUCUUCAGUUCAUUUUUCUUUUCUUGACAAAAGGAGAAAUUAAAAAAAUCAGUCUUCAAUGUUGAUUCAGAAGUAGAAAGGUCAGGCCACAUAAAUUUUCAGCCCAGCUUGUCUCGCAAGAGUUAAGUUAUGUAAAUAUAUCUUUCUUUUAAGCAUAAAAUGUUGUUGGAGCGGUACUGAAACAUUGUGCAUAUUUUAAAUCAUCAAUUCAGGCAUAAAGUUGAUAUUUGACACACAUGUACAAUUUCAGCUGUUAAAAUACACAAAUGGCAUCUAUUUAUUGAUCAGACAGAACGUUGUUGAAGAAACCACAUGCAUUUGUGAUGUUUUUACCACAGACUGGUUUGUAUAUAUGUAUGUUUGAUGUUAUUGUCAAACAUACAGUGCACUGCUGAUGUCUAGUUGUUAAUAUGCAUGCCUUACUGUGGUACUACUUUGAUUUUUCUUGAUACAAUAUUUUGCAUAAACUCAUUACCAAAAAUCCAUCAUUGCUGUCACACUGAUUCUUUUGCAUUUUCCAAGUUUGGGUUUCAAAAUUGGCAGGUUUUUUGUGUCCAGGCAGUUUUUCUUUCUAUUUUAAUCACUCAGAAAUAGAAGGACGUUUUGUGACCAGAUUUUGAGCCAAAUUCUGUAAGCAGAAAUUGGUCAGGGGGACAUUAACUGGAUCAGCAAUAAUUCUGUGAACCAACCUAAAAAUGCAUUACCCAUUGCAGGGCAAUAUGACUGGUGUUCUGAUUUCGCAUAGCAGAUGUUUUCCAUGCUUAUUCUUCGGCUCGUGGUACCUUCUGUUAAAACUGGCAGGAGAAUUGAAUAUUGGAUAGAAUGCAGAGACACUAUGACAAAAACCCCAAAGGAUCAGAAACUGGGGGAGGGGGCUCUGUCUGGCAGUGUUGUAGUCAAGUAUUUUUCAAGUACCAAGGUUCUUUACCAAAUCUUGAACUCGGUGAGAGGAAAUGUAGCUGGAGUACACGGGCAUUCGAUGGUGAAUACACAAAGGUAAGACUUCAGACACCCCUAAAUUGUGUAAAAUUGAAGUUUUAAGGAGAAAAGUACUUGGAAAGUACUCGGCCGAGUACUUUCCAAGUAAUUUUGCCCAACAGUAAAGGCAGAAAAGUUGACUCUUUUUCGUAACUUUCAGUCGUGAGAACACUACAAGUUAACCAUCUGCGUGGUGUGCAGCUCACACAUUUUUUUUUUUACCAAAAAAUUCACAUUGGCCUAAAUAUUUACUCACUUAAUUUAGAACUUGUAAAUCGGUGCACUCAGUUAUAUUUCAUGGUCAAUGCUUACCAAUAUUUUAAAAUUACUUUAUACUUGAAAACUAAGCGUUGUAUAUUUUAUCAAUAGUUGUCUGAUGAUGUCUUGUAUUGAGUAUUUUUUACACAGAAUUAAAAAGUAAGUAAAGACUUUAAUGGUUAUAUAUAUAUUUAUAUAUAUGUAUGUGUACAAAUGUGGCAGCUGUGAUAUAUGUUGUGUAAAUAAGUACAAAUUGAAGGAAGAGGAUCUGGAAUGGUUGAAAAUGAUCUCAAUUUUAUUACGAACAUUCUACAGAGAAGAUGAGAUCUAAGACAAAAAGUGUCGGUUAACCUUUCGUGUAGAAAUCACAGUGCACUUUUGAAGGUUAAAGUCCUUAAACAGUGUAUGCGUACAUGGACAUGAUGAGAGCUGUUAUCAGUGGCACAAAUGCACAGGGGCAAGAAUAGGCCAUCAAUGGUGGGGGGGGGGAAACUCCAAUCAACGUGCCACAUUUAUACAACUUAUUUUUGCUUUAAAAAGAGAGAGAGACCCGUUUUUUGUCAAUCCAUUUUUGUGAGGUAAUCCCUUGUGCUGUGAAUGAGUUUAUUACAGAGAACAUGGAUGCCACCAGCCUUUGACAGACUACAGUCAUUCCGUUUUUUAUUUUGUAAUUAAACAUGUAUGGAAGUCCGAACCAGAAGUUCAUUUUGAUAAGUUUUUACAUCUGACCAUUUUUUAGAGGACCAGGAUUGCCCCCCCCCCAAAAAAAGUUGCUUUGUACUUUCAAAAACAGGGCAAAGUCACUGGAGCCAUCUUUGAGCAGUGACUUUUUUGUUUUGAAUAAUAGCAAACCACAGACCACGGUUUGUCUGUCCAGAUUUGGUGCUUACAUAUUUUGAGACCUUCCUGAAGAUUUGAAAAUAUAAAUUCAAAAUCUUGUUUGAAAGUGAGAAUGCCAAACCGAUAUUUCCAGGUGAUGCUGAAUCAGAUCCUCAUUUCAUUCCAGCUAGUCAUGAGCGAUUCUUAACGAAAAGAAAUCUCGUCACACUUUAACACGCCGUACCGUAACUGCCAAAUACACGGCUACUUAAUACAAUGCAGAGAGAAAACUGGGGGCGGGGGGGCUCACAUUAGAUUAAAAUUAACGUUUGCACUCACUAACCUUAGUUUUCAUUCAUCCCCACUUUCCACCAUUCUGAAGUAGUGAUGUUUUAUUCUCGUACAACUCAGUGAAAAAGCUAUUGUUUAAAGAUACAUGUACAAAAUGCAGACAUUUCAUUCGAAAUGAUGUGUGUGAAGACUGACUGCCUGCUUUUCACAAUGCAUCAUCACAGAUUUGCAUUUUUAUGGGUGUGACAUGUAUUUUGUUGUAUUGUAGUUUGGGGGGUGGUUUUUCCCUUUUUCACAUAGUUUGAAUCAACUGAAAAUGAUUAUGCGUGCACUAAAUUGUUUUAGGCUCAAUUGAACUUGUUUUUCUGAAACUUAUGCAUGGACGGCUGACUAAGGAAUACUUGUGCCAUAGAUCGCCAAAGCUGUCCCAAAAUGAACAUUUCAAAAAUAUAUGUAUUUGUCCUUUUGCUUUGAAAGAGGUUCAAGGAAGACAGUGCUGGAGUCAGCUGUAAGUAAAUAAGUCCUCAGGAAUGAAUUAAGACUUCCAAAAUUGUGAUCAGUUUCACUGUAGUCUUGUUAAAAAAUGAAACAGAGCCAGAGUUAUUCAAGCCAAUUCUUGAAAACAAAAGGCAAAUGACAUUGCAAUUUGAAUAGAUUUACAAACUGGAGGUAGACUGUGAAAUUCUUUUAAAUACUGUGCAGUAGGUCCCUUUGAUGUUCAAGCAAAAAAAUACAAUGGCAGAUUUGAAACUCAAGCAGGUUUUGGUCAUUGUUUAGAAAAUAUUAAAACGGAAACAUUUCAGAUUGGUGUUCGUAAACUUACAAAAGGCCUUUUCACAUUAGACAAAUCUCAGGGUUGACAGGGUUGAUGUAGGAUCGAAAUGGGCAACCCUGUGCUUACCCUGCAUCAACCCCAAGACUGACCUCAACUCGGGUUGAACUCAACCCUGCUCCGGACCAGGUUUGAUAUUUUUUCAGCCUGGGUUGAAAAUCAUUUGUGCUCAGUUGAAUGCCCCUGAUAAGCUCAGUUCCCAUGAAACAAAUGUGAAAUGACGCCAGGUUGAAUGUGGGGGUGAAAUAUCAAAUUUUUAAUCCAGGCCGGCCAUGGGUUCGCCCUGGGUUAAGUUCAACCUGGUGCGCAGUGUGAAGAAGCCGAAAGGAAAUGCAUUUGAACAGUGAACAGUUUCUUAGCAGGGGUGCAUUCUGGGAAGGUUGUCAUACUAUGUCUUAAUGUGCUGUAAUGUUAUUUGUCUGGAAAUUUGCACAGUGUCGGAUUUUGUGAAAUGCAGAUGUGUCACACAUGUUGUUUGCAUCACAAUACAAGCUUUAAUACACUUGAGCCACAUGGCAGGCAGUUUUUCGUGUUUUCACACGUCAGCGGUUGCCAAGUAUUUAUAUAUGUAUUUAACACAUGACAGUUUUUUACAACUUGUGGGUCUAUGGAGCAUUGGUGUUCGUAAAUAAAAUUUGCAGUGAAUUUAUAUCAAUUUUUUCACUAUCAUCCUUGGCAUGUGUGACAAGACUUUUUAACCUCUUGAAGGAUAAAUGGUGUACUCUGAACAUAGGGCAAUAAUGUCACACUGGGAGGUGAUAAAAUGCAUUGUGCCACAUUAAAUCAAUUGGUAAAUGGCUCAGUGGUUUAAAAGACUGCUCAGUAAAACAUGCCGAUUAGUGCAAAUGCCUCUGAUACUGUUUUUUUCAAAAUCUGCAUUUGCAGAGAGAUUCGUUGUAAACGAGUUUACUGAAUGAUGUGAUAAAUUUGUCCUGUCCAAACUGUGACGUUUUGACCACAGACAUUUACUAGUAACAAAACAAAUUUGGAUUUUGUAUAACUGUUGACAAGAACUGUGUCGUGCGGACUCUUGGUGUGAAUUACAUACACAAACUGAAAGCAAAAAACUACUUGUGUUUGUAGAUUGAUUCUGUGAAGUGGGGGAGCGAAUAUUGUCUUUGUAUUAAAAAAAAUGUACAAAUUACCGAAAAGAUGUAAUUUUUGGAAUAAAAGUAAUCCACGAAUUGGAAACACAGUGUGUUGGAUACUUUUCUGUUGGAAUGUAAUACAUGUAGCAAUAAUAAAGUACUGUCAAAGGCACCAACCACUCCUAA